GGUGACUUUUUGAGUCAUAAAAGUCUUGCAAAAUAUUUUAAAAAUAAAACAUUACCAAUUAUCACAAAUAAUCAGAAUUCAGAGUCAUUGAUUCAAGAUAUUACAAAUAAGCAGAAUCUGGAGUCAUUGAUUCAAGAUAUUACAAAUAAGCAGAAUCCGGA